AUGGGGGUCGACGUGACCAGGCCUCCCCGGCGAGCUCAAGGGAUUGUUGCUACAGGGAGGUCAGCAAGGACGGACGUGAGGAUGCUGUCGACCUGGUUUGACGUGCGGGGAGUGAAGUCUUCGGAUUCUUCAAGGCUCUUCGCCAUCGCCCAGGAGCUGCAGGUGAAGCCUCCGCUCCUCGCUCCCAAGUGGGUGUGGAAGAUGGCGUGGGAGACGUUCCGCGUCAUGCUCAAGGCGCUGCAUGCGUUUGACCCGCUGUCAGCAUGGGACAAUCACUUCAAUCUCUCUGUGCUAUGGUGGAAGGCGAUCGCAGGCAACACUCGAGGGUCCAAGGUCGCUGACGGCGGCAUAGCAUACGACAUGCUCCCUGCACUCACGCGGUGGAUCGUUGGAUGGCCGUUGUGUCUCCUCUUUCCUCGGCUGCACCAUCAGAAUGUAGCGAUGAGAACCUCGUUCUUGAGCAGGGAGUGCGACCUUGUCAUCCGCGAGAACAUGGAGAAGAAGCUGAGCACGAGGAUGGUAGUUGUAGGUGCGGGUUUUGACACCCGCGGGUUUAGCACGCGGGGGAUAGAGCGAGUGAUCGAGAUCGAUCUACCAGCUGUUGCCUCGUUGAAGCAGAGGAUGCUACACGAGCGUCUCUUCAAGAGACGACCCUCCCUGCGGCAGGUUCACUACACCUCCAUCGGGGUAGACCUGAAUCAAGUGGAAAAGUUCGAACGACUUCUUGAGGAAGCGAUGGCGAGCGAGUCAGGGGCGACAAACUGCCACACCAUCUUCGUCUUCGAGGCUGUCUUGGCGUAUCUCGACGAGGGUGUGGCAGAGAGACUGCUGGGGGCGUGCAGGAGGGUGGGGUCGAAGCACAGCGACUCGAUCUCCCUCUGCUUGGCUGAUAGGCUGCCUCUCUCACGGGGUGAAGACAGAGAAGCGGCCGCGAGUCUGCUGGCGGGGUUGGGGUUUGAACUGGGAGCAUGGAUGCCGAAACCUGGGAUAGCGCGACACAUGGCGUCAGCGCGGGGCAGAGGAGGGGGCGAGGAGUAG